AUGGCGAAAGUGGAACAGCCGAUUUUUAUAUUACCAAAGAAACGAAAUGGGAAGAAACAGAAUGCUACGGCGGGUCAUGUUGAUCAUAUUAUAACCGUGCAGGGAGUAGCUGAUAAUGAAAUACCAACAAAGUAUAAAAAUGGACUUUCGCCAGUUACUGAACAGGUGGUCAAUGGAAUCAUUCAUUCAACUAUGGAAGGUCUAAAGUCUAACAUGAAAAUUAAUCUUCCUAUCGUAAAUGAUGUCACUGAUGAAGGCCCUGAUGAUAAUAUUGUUGAUUCACAACAGAAGUUUAAGAAAAAUGGCUAUCAGGCCCUUUCUACCAUACACAACAGUCGUGAAAUUAUUGAUUUGUCUCCAAUAUAUGAAAACUCUUCAGAUGCAUGUUCCAGCCAUGGAGAUUUAAGAGAAGCUAAUGAAACUGAAACACAAAACGGCUGCAGGAUAUUGAAUUCAGAGAAUAAUGAAAGUUCAUGUGCUACCCCUAAUAGUAUGUCACAGACCCAAUCUGAAAAUAGUUUUGAAAUGGGACCUCUCACUGAUAGUCUUAAAAACAGUGCAAAAAAGAAGAAGCGAGUUAAUAUAGUUCCAGGGGUAAUUGAAUCCGAGAACAUAGACUCUGAAAUAACUAAUUUAAGAGUUGAAUCAGAGGGAUCUAUUUCACCUUCUUCAUUAACUGACAAUUCGAAAGAUGGAUAUUUAACAAUGACUGGUACAAUUAAGAGGGGAAAGAAAAAAGGCCAAAAUAUAGAUGUGAAAUUGAACAUAUCAAGAGAAGAACUUGAGAUAAUUGAAGCAGCUAUUGUCGCUGAAGAAUACAAUAAAAUGGAUGUGUCCAAAUGCUCUCUUUAUAAUGGACCACAUAUAUUUAUAUUCAGCCUACUCUGCAUUCCAUUUGUUACUAGCAUUUCAGCUGUUUAUUCAUUUUAUAUAGGGAUUGUGCAGCUUACUUUCAGUGGAGCGAAUUGGUGGAAAGAUGUUUGUGAUUUUGAGAAAGGCUUUUAUGGUUGGCUUUGUAACUUGUUGGGUAUGUCAGAGUGCAGCCCUUAUGAGGUUGUUAUUUUGAUGGAUGUAAAACCAUAA